CUGGGAUUGGACCCCUCCAUUGAAUUGCGCGUGAAGCUCCGAGCUGCGGAAAUUCAUCGUCCUAAGUUUGCUGUCGAUUAUACCCGAAAAGCCACUCCUACGUCAUUAAAAUAGCAACAAUGGGCAAAAAGAGAGUUCUCGUCAGCUAUGGUGUUGACAUCGAUGCGGUUUCCGGAUGGUUGGGAUCCUAUGGUGGCGAGGAUUCUACCAGCGAUAUCAGCAGAGGUCUUUGGGCUGGAACGGUAGGCACCCAGCGGUUGCUGAAGCUGUUCGACAAGUACAAGAUCAAGGCGACUUGGUUUAUUCCUGGUCAUUCUCUGGAGACUUUCCCCGAAGACUGCGCGGCGGUUCGCGAUGCUGGACAUGAGAUUGGACUGCACGGAUAUACACACGAGAAUCCGAAAGACAUGACUCUCGAGCAGCAACGGGACGUGCUAGACAAGACGUACAAACUCUUGACUGAUUUCUGCGGCAAGCCUCCCCGAGGAAGCGUGGCACCGUGGUGGGAAACAAGCAAAGAAGGAACCGAACUGUUGCUCAGCUACGGUAUCGAGUACGACCACAGCAUGAGCCACGAGGAUCACAAACUGUACUGGCUGCGGACGGGGGACACUUGGACAAAGAUCGACUACAGCAAGAAAGCAGAGACGUGGAUGAAGCCUCUAGAAAGGGGCCAGGAGACUGGCCUCGUUGAGAUUCCUGGGUCGUGGUAUAUUGAUGAUCUGCCGCCGAUGAUGUUCAUGAAGAAUUCGCCGAACAGUCAUGGCUGGGUGAACCCUAGAGAUGUUGAAGAUAUUUGGAUGGACCAUUUCAACUACUUUUACCGCGAGUACGAUGAGUUUGUUUUCCCAAUGACGAUUCACCCUGAUGUCUCAGGGAGGCCGCAUGUCCUUCUCAUGCACGAGAGAAUCAUCGAACACAUCAAUAAGCACGAGGGAGUCGAAUGGGUUACCAUGGAGCAAAUGUGUGAUGACUUCAAGAGCAAAAACACGCCGCCACCCGGUGCUCUGAUGCCGGCACCCGCUGGAGAGAUCCUGAAGAAACAGAAGGAGGGAACAGCGUAAUGCAGGUUUGUCCAUAGAACACAUUUCUUGCCAUGAACACGUCAGCAAACAAACACACCAAAUC